AUGACUCUAAUAAGUUCAAUCCUGAACGCUACCGCUUUGGUAGCUAGACUUUCUCAGAAUGUCACAAAUGGCAAGUGGUUCGGUUCUGGGUACUCUAGAUGCUCCUCGGCUGCCGAAAUUCCUGACAAACAAUACGAUGUACCCAAUACCGACGUGUUUAGGCAUUACAAUUUCGACAUCAUGGAAGGGUGGAUGAUGGCGGAUGGUGUUAACAAGACAGGGUUGUACAUCAAUGGUCAAUUCCCGGGUCCUACUAUCGAAGCAAACUGGGGUGAUACAAUCCAGGUUACGGUCACCAACCAUAUUAAAGACAGCGCCGAAGCCACCUCUAUGCAUUGGCAUGGGCUGCUCCAAAGAGAGACACCUUGGUUCGAUGGUGUCCCGUCCAUAUCGCAGUGCCCAAUUGCACCCGACAAGUCAUUUACAUACAGCUUCAUUGCUGAUCAGUACGGCACAAGCUGGUAUCACUCGCACUAUAGUGCACAGUAUGCGGACGGAACAUUCGGAGCUAUGAUCAUCUACGGACCUGAACAUGUACCAUAUGACAUUGACGUCGGGCCCAUUCUUUUAACGGACUAUUUUCAUACGAGAUACUAUCCCCUCGUCCAGAGAUACACUGGAAGCCAGGACGUACCAAACUCGGACAAUAAUCUCAUCAAUGGAAAAAUGAACUUUGACUGCUCUCUGGCGAACGGCACAGAAUGCGUGCCGAAUGUCGGAUUGUCAAAAUUCAAAUUUGAGUCUGGCAAAGUUCAUCGUUUACGUUUGAUAAAUGCCGGUGCCGAAGCACUACAGAAAUUUACUAUUGACGAUCAUGAGAUGACCCUCAUAGCGGCUGACUUCGCCCCGAUCAAGCCGUAUAAAACGAAAGUUGUUACUCUCGGCGUCGGCCAGCGUGCUGAUGUUCUCGUGGAAGGGAAAGAUUGCUCCGAAUCUCAGAAGGCGUACUGGAUGCGCAGCGAUAUCCCUGGCGAUUGCAGCCACGCAAACCAGGCACACUCCUUAGCUGCUAUUUACUAUGAUGAUGCAGACACAGACUCUGUUCCACAGUCAACAAAGGUCAAUUACAAUAUUUCCUCGCAGGGUUGUGUGGAAGACUCUCUGGAGCUUACAGAACCUUUCUUCCCCGAAGCUCUUCCUACAGAAAUCACUACUUAUCAGGAUAUCAACAUUACAUUCGGUGCCAACGCCACUGGGGCUAUGGUAUGGUUUGCUAACAACAUCUCUUUUACUGCAAAUUACAAUCACCCUCUGCUUCUUCUAGCAAAAGAAGGAAAUACAUCUUACCCAUACGAUCCCCAAUGGAAUGUCCUCGACUUUGGUAAACACAAAACCAUCCGACUCUAUGUUCGUAACUUCACCCCUCUCGCUCAUCCAAUGCACCUUCACGGACAUAAUUUUUGGGUUCUAGCACAGGGAAAAGGAGACUGGGAUGGCACCGUCACCCGUCCUUAUAAUCCUCAGGUUCGAGAUGUGCAGAUAGUGGAAAAGGGAUAUCCCUACGAACCUGCAUAUAUUGUUAUUGAGUACAAGGCAGACAAUCCGGGUAUCAGGCCUUUUCAUUGCCAUGUGGCAUGGCAUGUUAGCGAUGGGCUGUAUAUCAACUUGAUGGAAAACGCUGAUCUCAUCAAAAACCGGGGUAUUCCAUAUACAUCUGCCCAAACAUGUCGCGAAUAG